AUGUCUGAAUCAACAAUUUCUACAUAUCGAUAUGAAUGUAUUCCCUUUGAUAAUGAUGAUAAUACAUUUAAAUAUCACUUUAUAUAUGCAAAUGACAAUAAACUUAAUUAUACUGAAUUUAUAAACCUUUUAUGUUCAGAAGAUGACCGUUUUUUAGACACUCUUAUAAAUGCUUUAAAUGAUGCAACUGAUAAACUAUCGGCUUAUCUUUGGGAAUGUCCCCCUGUAUCUCAAGAAUCAAAAAAUAAUCAUUUCGAAUUUGUAGUAACUAAAUCUAAGGCAUUAAGUUAUAUGAAACAAGAUUGCUCAAGCUUUAAUGAUAAACUUAAUAGCUUUUCUAAUUUAGGAAAAGACGCUACUUUAAUUGUUCCUAUGCCUUGUCACAAACUUGAUUAUAAAAAUCUUAGUAAUUUUACUAAAAAGGCUCCAAAAGAUCAACAGAUUAAGUUUUGGCAAGAAGUAGCUAAUAAACUAUCUGAAAGUUUAGAAAUCGGUACUCCUCGACCUCGAUGGUUAUCUACCCAUGGUUUAGGCGUUCCUUAUUUGCAUGUAAGGAUUGAUAAUAAACCAAAAUAUUAUUCUUAUUUACCAUUUAAACAAUUCCGCUUUGGCAAAAAUAAUUGGGAGCUUGAUCAAUCUAAAAAUGUUCAUAGUAACAACAAAAAGACAACCCUUUCAUCUUAUAGGAAGGAUGACCAACAAAAUCCAACAAAAAUUGGUUCAAAAGCUGAGCCGAACGUUGAUCCAAACGUUGAUCUAAAAAUCGUUCCAAAAAUUGAUCUAAAAAAUGAUUCAAAAAUUCGUCCAAUAGCCCGCCUUCCUUCUAUACAAUCGAGAACUGGUCAAAAAAUAAAGUUAUGUAAACUGAAAAGAAAAUGGAAAUUUGAUAAACUGUCGAGAAAAUGGAAUUCUAUACAAUCAAAAACUGGUCGAAAAAUGGAAUUACAUAAGUUGAAGAGAAAACGGAAAUUAUAUAAACUAACUAGAAAAUGGAAAUUAGAUACAAAAAAGAAAAUCCAGGCGUAG